UCUCUCUCUCUCUGUUUCUUUAUCCGCUGCUGCUGCUUCUUCCUCCCUGUACACCACCAACAGCAACAGAAAAACCCCAGCUCGCAAGUUCAAGAAAGAAAAGAGGAGUAGGGGGGAAAGAAAAGGUCCAGGAAAUGGGAAUUUUGUAUGAUGAUGUAGUGAUAAUUAGACAUUCAGAGAAAGAAGGAGACCCUGCUGUUAUCACUGUGAAUUGUCCUGACAAGACUGGUCUUGGUUGUGAUUUAUGUCGUAUCAUUCUCUUCUUUGGCCUUAGCAUUGUUAGAGGAGAUGUUUCUACGGAUGGGAAAUGGUGCUACAUAGUGUUUUGGGUGGUUGGCAAAUCAACAACAAGGUGGGGUUUAUUGAAGAAGAGAUUAGUAGGGGCUUGCCCUUCUUGUUCUUCAGCAUCUGGGAUUUCUUAUUACAGUGCAGAAUUGCAGCCUCCAAGACCACCUGAUGUUUUCCUCUUGAAGUUAGCUUGUCAUGACAGAAAAGGGCUUUUACAUGAUGUGACCGGGGUUCUUUGUGAGCUUGAACUCACUAUAAAAAAAGUGAAGGUAUCCACAACACCGGAUGGGAGAGUAAUGGACCUAUUCUUCGUUACAGAUACAAGAGAGCUCCUGCAUACAACUAAGAGAAAGGAGGAUACAUAUGAUCACUUAAGAGCUGUCAUGGGAAAUUCAAUGAUAAGCUGUGACAUAGAAAUGGUUGGACCUGAAAUUACUGCCUGUUCAGCAGAAUCUUCAUUUCUUCCAACUGCAAUCACAGAAAACAUUCUCCCUUUGCAAAUGCCAGAUGAACUCCCCAGUUCACUAACUUCCACUAGUGUUUCUGUUAUAAUGGACAACUUGCUGAGUCCAGCUCACACCCUUGUUCAAAUUGUGUGCCAAGAUCACAAGGGUCUUCUUUACGACAUAAUGAGGACUCUAAAGGAUUACAAUAUACAGAUUUCUUAUGGACGCUUUUACAUAAAACACAGAAGGACCUGUGAGAUUGACUUGUUUAUCGUGCAAGCUGAUGGGAAGAAAAUAGUUGAUCCUAACAAGCAGAAAGCAUUGUCCUCCCGUUUGGAGAUGGAACUAGUGCGCCCUCUCCGAGUAGCCGUCGUCAGCCGUGGUCCUGAUACAGAGCUGAUGGUGGCAAAUCCUGUGGAGUUAUCCGGCAAGGGCCGACCUCUUGUUUUCCAUGACAUCACUCUUGCUCUCACGAUGCUUGACAGUUGCAUUUUCUCGGCUGAGAUCAGGAGGCGCAUGAUUGGAGAUCGGGAAUUCGAAGUGUACAGAGUAUUACUUGAUGAAGGGGAAGGCUUGGCUGUUCCACGAAGAAAAAUUGAGGAACAAGUUUGGAAGAUGUUAAUGGGCUGGGAGCAAUGAACAAGUUCAAAUAUCCUUCCGAACAUGGCAGUGGUCUGUUGUGAAGUAUACUUAUCCCUCUGAUGACUAGUAUGCAAUGUAAAUCCUGGGCUAUAUAUCACUGAAAGUUUGAGCUGUUCCACAUCAAUACUUGCAGCUCCUGUAACACAAACUUCAUAGCGUAACAUGAGAACUUGGUGGCAGGAGAUAAGAUGAGUGAAGCUGACAUGGUAUUUUUACACUUGAAAUCAUUGCAGACAGACAUGUGUAGCUAUGGCAUGAACAUUGUGGCAUGGCAGAUUCGUUUCCGUUGGUGGAUGCAUGUGGAGGCUCAGUUCAAAACCAUUAGUACCUUGUAGACUGUAGAGCUCCUUUUUGUACAUAAAAGCUGUAUGUAUAACUUGUAGUUUGGCAGUAUGCUGUGCCAAUGGAAGGAGCUGUAAAGAAACUAUCCAUGUGAAGCUAAUAACACAUCAGUUGCACAACAAAUUCUUGUAUAUUAGUCUCCCAUGGAUGCCCACGGUCAAGA